GUGAAGUGGCUGAAGAAACGUCGCGCAUUUAGAAAAUCCAAUGACAUCGAGAUAUUUCUCUCAGGAGCUGAAUUGAAUUUACAUUCAACAUGUGGCCAAAAAGAUGACUGCGAGUCCAGAUUCCUCUGUUUCUGCUGAAUGUGAGAUGGCGACCUCUGACCCCUGUGCAAACGCACCCCCCACCCCGCCUGAGGACUCUGCGCCCUCCCCCUCGCCUCGCAAGAAGCGCGGGCGUCGGAAACUAGAGCAAACCGGGAAGAAUAAGGUUCCUCCUCCUGCAGACGAGCCAGAUGACAGAAACUGCGACUCCCCCGGAGAGGUUGAGGCUGGCAGGCUGCGGAGGAGGCCGGUCCCCAGAGUGACUUUCCAGGCUGGAGAUCCGUACUACAUCAGCAGGAGACAGAAAGAAGAAUUGCUGAGCCGCUGGAAGAUGGAGGCGGAGCGUCGGGCGUACAUAGAGGCAGAGAUGAACAUAAUGGACGCCCAAUCAGAAGCCAUCUUUCAGAAAGAGGAGGGGCCAUCAAGCCCGGCCCCGCCCCCUUCACAACAACACACCGCCCCCGCCUCGCCAACAGUUGCCGUGACGCCAGAGCCCGGCAACAGGGUGGAGCGGGCCACGCCUCGAGAGAUGGAGUACCAGGGUUUCCUCACCACAGAGAACUUUCCGUCUCCGAACCACAUGACCCAGCGAGUGCCGUCUGCAGCUCUGCUCCGGCCGCUCAUCCACCAGGACACGAUCCUGCCGGGCCACCAGGAGAAACCCCGCAGCUUCCCGAACACCAAGACACCGAUUCCAAAACCCCGGCCGUCCUGUCAGCGCAGAACACAAGACCAGUUAAAACCAGAACUCAUGAUAUAA